AUGGCAGCUGCUCUCAUCCUUUUGGCGGGCGUGAACUCUGGGGAAAGGACUGACUCUUCCAAGAUGUACCAGCUCCAUUCGGAGGAACUCAUGAACAGCACCCUUUUCAGAGAGAAUGGGGGCUCAGGCUCCCCCACCACAGGAAGCCUCGUCCGGUCAAGAGAAGCCACAGCUGGCCGUCUGCAGGAGAAGGCAACCUCAUCUCGGAGGGAUGCAGUCACAGAGGAAAUGUCUUUCUCGCAGCUCCUUGUCGACACCAGGCAAAGGCCCCCUGCUAAGCAGAAGUCUCCCUCCCCAAGGCAAGAAAAUGCUGCAAGGAAGCACCCGAGGCGCCGAACGGCCACAGCCCGGGCCCCUAAAGCAGCUGCCCAUCCGAGUGUGCCAAACCCCAGGUCGCUCAUCUCUGUGGAGAACCUGCACUCCCCAGAGGGCAGCAUCGUUGCAGCUCAUGAAGAAAAACCCACAGUGCCUGAACUGACGUUGUGGGGCAGCAGGAAAGGGGGCCGUGGGGUGACCAGCCUCUCCCCACUCCAGAUUUCCCCUUUCACAAUCAGCCCCAUGACCUCCCAGACUCUGCCUCACGGCCCAGAAGCUGUACAGCCGGUCAUGGCGGACGCCAAGGCCCAUCUUCAAGAUGAGGAAGGCAGUAGUCUGAUGAACACCAAGGCGAAGAACACCAGAGAGGAGGAAGAGGAGGAGGAGGAGGAGGCGACAGAGCCAGCAAAGGGAGUGUCCUUUGAGGAGGGCCAGGAAACCACCACCUCCACCAUCGUAACGACCACUGUGAUUUCCACAGAGCAAACGCCAGUUCUCUGUGGCAUGAACUUCUAUGAACCAGAGGGAUACAUCGACUCCACAGACUACCCUCCGCUGCCUCGAAACAACUUCCUGGAGUGCACGUACAACGUGACCAUCUACACCGGGUAUGGGGUGGAACUGCAGGUGAAAAGCGUCAACCUGUCCGAGGGAGAAGUGCUCUCCAUCCGCGGGGUGGACAAUGGCGACUUGUUGGUCUUGGCCAAUCAGACGCUCUUGGUGGAAGGCCAGGUCAUCCGGAGUCCAACCAACACCAUCUCGGUUUACUUCCGCACUUUCCCGGAGGAUGUGGUUGGGACUUUCCAGCUGCACUAUCAAGUAUUUAUGCUGAGCUGCAGCUUCCCCCGGCGACCGGACUUUGGGGAGGUGACCGUCAUGGGCCUGCACCCCGGGGGUGCUGCCCGCUUCCACUGCCACCUGGGCUACCAGCUGGAGGGCCCCGAAGCCCUGACCUGCACCAAUGCCUCCAAGCCCCACUGGAGCUCCCCGGAGCCUGUCUGCUCAGCACCCUGUGGAGGAGCGGUGCAGAAUGCCACCCUCGGCCGCAUCUUGGCACCAACCCACCUGCAGAACCACACGGAGAGCCUGCUGUGCGUGUGGACCCUCCGUGCGCCAGGAGGCCAGAAGCUGCACCUGCACUUUGAAAGGCUGCUGCUGGGAGACAAGCAGAGAAUGAUCAUCUACAAUGGUGAGACAAACCGCUCCCUGGUUCUCUACGACUCCCAGCAGAGCAGCAGCCUGCCCUUCGAAGGGGUGAUCAGCGAAGGCACGGCGUUGCGAGUGGAGUUCACGUCAGAUGACCCCAGCACCAGCCCCGUGUUCAACAUCCGAUUUGAAGCUUUUGAGAAGGGCCACUGCUAUGAACCCUACAUUCAGAACGGAAACUUCACCACCUCUGACUCCACCUACAAUCUGGGGGCGGUUGUGGAGUUUACCUGCGACCCGGGGCACUCCCUGGAGCAAGGGCCAGCCAUCAUCGAGUGCAUCAACAUCAGAGACCCAUACUGGAAUGACACGGAGCCCCUGUGCAGAGCCAUGUGUGGGGGACAGCUCUCCACUGCCGCAGGAGUGAUCCUGUCCCCCAACUGGCCCGGGCCCUAUGCCGAGGGCGAGGACUGCGUGUGGAAGGUUCACGUUGGGGAGGAGAAGCGCAUUUUCCUGGACAUCCAGUUUUUGAACCUGAGCAACAGUGACAUUCUCACCAUCUAUGACGGAGACGACCUCAAUGCCCACAUCCUGGGGCAGUUGUUGGGCAGCAGCGGGCCGCAGAAGCUCUACUCCUCCACGCCGGACCUGACGGUCCAGUUCCACUCCGACCCGGCGGGCCUCAUCUUUGGGAAAGGACACGGCUUCAUCAUGAACUAUAUUGAAGUGUCUCGGAACGACUCGUGUUCAGACCUGCCAGAAAUUCAGAAUGGCUGGAAAACCACGUCCCACACGGAACUUGUGCGAGAGGCCAAGAUCACCUACCAGUGUGACCCCGGGUAUGACAUUGUGGGCAGCGACACCCUCACCUGCCAGUGGGACCUCAGCUGGAGCAGCGACCCCCCCUUCUGCGAGAAAAUCAUGUACUGCACAGACCCCGGGGAGGUAGAACACUCGGCCCGUUUGAUCUCGGACCCAGCGCUGCUGGUUGGGACCACGAUCCAGUACACCUGCAGUCCGGGCUUCGUGCUGGAAGGAAGCUCCCUCCUGACCUGCUACAGCCGAGAAACCGGGACGCCCAUCUGGACCUCACGGCUCCCUCACUGCGUGUCCGAGGAGUCCCUGGCCUGCGACAACCCCGGCUUGCCCGAGAACGGCUACCAGAUCCUGUACAAGCGCCUCUACCUGCCUGGCGAAUCUCUGACCUUCAUGUGCUACGAGGGCUUUGAGCUGCUGGGCGAGGUCACCAUCAAGUGCAUUCUGGGGCAGCCGUCCCACUGGAGCGGGCCCCUCCCUGUCUGCCGAGUGAAUCAAGACAGCUUUGAGCAUGCUUUAGAAGUAGCAGAAGCUGCUGCCCAGACCUCGCUGGAGGGGGGAAGCAUGGCUCUGGCCAUUUUCAUCCCCGUCCUCCUCGUCUCCUUGCUGCUGGGAGGGGCUUACGUCUACAUCACAAGGUGCCGCUACUCCUCCAGCCUGCGCCUGCCCCUCAUGUACUCCCAUCCGUACAGUCAGAUCACAGUGGAGACGGAAUUCGACAACCCCAUUUAUGAGACGGGGGAAACACGAGAAUACGAAGUGUCCAUCUAGAGCCGGCUACUGGGGACUUUCCAGACACAGUUGUGAUUGCCUCUCCCAGGAUUUCAGUGGGGCUCAGCUGGCAACCUGGGCCUGCUGAUCCUUUUCCUUCCCCUUCUGG